AUGGGACGCUUUGAUGAGAAAGAAGGUACAAACAUUGACUUUUUUUUUCAACACUGAACUUAGCGCACUCUGCUGGUGCAUUUGAAAAUUAACAGAUUCUUUUACCAUGACUGAGAAGACGGUCGGAAAAUCUGUUCUCAAGCGGCAUGAGGUUGCGAGACCAGUGCAUAUUCAAAGACUAGAAGCUGCCCUGGAUAUACGUCCCUUUGUAAGUCAAGUGGAAAGAAUUCUAAAUUCAGAAGAUGAGACUGAAAGUGAAGAUGAUUCUGAUGCCAAAUCUAUUGAAAAUGAAAUGUCCAAAGGAGACAGAGUAGUCCAUGGAGUAGUAACAACGAGACAAGAACGUCAAAGUGAUAGACUUCGUUUGUACAAUUUGGCAUCAGUUGGUGAAGAGAGACAAUGGCUGCGUGAUGUUCUUCUCUCCUCUGGGUCUGAUACCAGCAGUGAAGAUGAUACACCAGCUGGCAAGGAGCUUAGGCUUCAGCGUAUACUUAAAGAAAGACGUAACCAUAACAAAUAUGCCAAAAAAUAUUAUAAGGACCCAGGUAAUUCGCGUUACAUGUAUUAUGGCGCUGGUUUACUUUCGACUGUGGACCGGUACCCAGAGAGGCGAAUAAGUCGCGCAGCACCCCCUCCACCUUCUACUAGAGGUCGCAGGGGCAGACCUUCUGAAAGAGGGUCUACAAGAGGCAUGCAGAAAUCUAGACGAGGCCGUGCUAGAGAAAGCAAAGCUUGCAAUGAAGGCGGUGCAGAUUUGCCUGAUGGUGUUGAUUGGGAAGAGCAGCUACGUAAUCUCAAACAAGAGAAUGAUACAGAAGAAUACAGUCCAGCUGUAGACAAACCAGGAGUUAGGGGCCGCAAGAAGCUGUCCACAUUAAAGAGCCCUGAAGCACUAACCGCGCGCAGAAGACGUCACUGGCUAUUACUGGUGAAGAAAGAGUUGGGUAAAGUGCAAAGAGCGAGGACGGCUACACACAGAGAAGUGAUGCUGCAAAGGAAGAGGCUGGCUACACUCUGUUGCAAGCAUUGGAGGCAUGUUGCUAUGCAGUCUCAGAAAAAUAUGAAGGAGACAGUGUGGCGAUGCAAAAGACUUAGUCGAGAAAUGCAAGCGUACUGGAGACGGUACGACCGAGUCGAGCGCGAAACGAGGCGACGGAUGGAGAAAGAAGCAGAGGAACAGAGAAAGAUGGAUGUAGAACUAAUGGAGGCUAAACGGCAACGUCGCAAGCUGAACUUCCUUAUCACCCAAACAGAGUUGUACGCUCAUUUCAUGCAGCGGAAACUGAACUCUGAAUCGGUGGACGGCGAUUGUGGAGCAGACAGAAUUCUACGGCAGCUCGACGAAGAUAGGGACCCGAGAUUGGCUUCAAUUGAUCAAUAUGAUAGCGAAGCUAUGAAAGCGCGAGCCUCACGUAACGCGCGUGAAGCUUUCCACGCGGAGCGCGCGCGAACUCGACAAUUCGACGCGGCGGCCAGCACCGGAUGCGAACCGGAACCGGAAUCGGAACCAGAGCGGCGGCCCGGCGACUAUGACCAACCUAACAUAUUCCAGGGCACGCUUAAAGGAUACCAGCUCAAAGGGAUGAACUGGCUCGCCAAUCUGUACGAUCAGGGCAUCAGUGGCAUUCUAGCGGACGAGAUGGGUCUAGGCAAGACCGUACAAUGCAUCGCGUUUCUAUGCCACGUGGCCGAGCGUCUGGGUGUUUGGGGUCCUUUCCUGGUCGUUUCACCCGCUUCGACGCUGCACAACUGGCAGCAGGAGAUGGAGAGAUUCGUGCCCUCCUUCAGAGUGGUGCCAUAUUGGGGCAGUCCCAGCGAGCGGAAAAUCCUCCGCCAAUUCUGGGAACGUAAAGAUCUCCACACGCGUCAAGCGGCAUUUCACGUAGUAGUGACAUCGUACCAGAUAGUGGUCUCAGACUUGAAGUAUUUGAACCGAGUGUCGUGGCAGUACAUGAUAUUGGACGAGGCUCAGGCCAUCAAGAGCUCGGCCAGUAUGAGAUGGAAGCUGCUGCUGGGGUUCAGUUGUAGAAACAGAUUGCUUUUGUCAGGCACACCUAUACAAAACAGUAUGGCAGAAUUGUGGGCGCUACUCCACUUUAUAAUGCCUACACUAUUCGACUCACACGAAGAAUUCAAUGAAUGGUUCUCUAAAGAUAUUGAAAGUCAUGCAGAGAACAAGAGUACCAUAGAUGAAAAACAUUUGUCGCGGUUGCAUAUGAUAUUGAAGCCGUUCAUGUUGAGGCGAAUUAAAAAAGAUGUGGAAAAUGAGCUUUCUGAUAAAAUUGAAAUUAUGGUUCACUGCCCCCUUACAAUAAGACAAAAACUUUUAUAUAUAGCUUUAAAGAAGAAAAUCAAAAUAGAAGAAUUGUUACACUACUCAGUUGGUGCAGAGUCAGGUCACAAUGUAGAUAAAAAUUUCACUUCAAAUCUUAUGAAUUUAGUAAUGCAAUUCCGUAAGGUAUGUAAUCACCCGGAAUUAUUCGAAAGGCGGGACGUAAGAUCCCCUUUCGCAAUGCAAGUUGAUGACUACCACAUACCAAAGUUAUUAGCUGACGACGGGAUCCUAAUACGUUCCAUUCCAUCGAAGCGUCAUUUGCUAUACAACAUUUUAUCUGUCUUGAUACCGGAACACGUGCAUCGGAACGCUAACGAUAGUGAAGGCAUGGAAGAUAGGCAAGGGGUUUACGGGAGUGAUAGGUGUUUCGCAUUCACUCGGUUUAUGGAUUUAUCUCCGAUGGAACUGUAUAGGGUGAUGCUAUGUGGGUGGUUAUGCGCUAUGCAACACAUAGAAUAUUGUCUAGAAAAAUACGAAAAACUCCGUCACAGACAGUGCUGGUGGGACAGGCAAAAAGCAUGUGAUUUCAAACAAGAAGAAACGGAGAUAGAUGACAAACCGGACUAUUAUGACACAGUGAGAAGCAAAGAUUUGUUAUUGGUAUGCCCAAACGGUGAUGUAUUAGGCAGAAGGAAAGAAGAUGGUACACCAUGGCAGGAAUUGUUAUUCACUGAUCCCUUAUGGAUUGCAGGUGGUCCGUUCUACGCACACUUAGAUCACACGAUACAUUAUAUGCCGGAGACGAUAGAACAUCGGGCUAUGCGCACACGAAACCUUAGAGGCGAAGGACAGUCUGAAAUGUUAACGGAGAUAAAGACAGAAGAUGGCGGAGUAAUUCCCGUACAAGCGGCGGAAACUGAAUUCCCUCAUGUGGAGCGACCGCCUAUACUUCGGAGAGACGUGCCCACACCGCUACCGGCAUGUCUGGACACUGCACAGCAGAAGGUGUGCGCGAACACUCGUGUUCCUUUCGCGGUGUCCCGCAGCUUCGCUUACCACGUUACACGCCACCAGCACGGGGAAUGCCGUGAGGGAUGCAUCGCCCUCACGCGAUUGGUUGACGCCUCGAGGCCGCCCCCAGGAUGGGCCUCGCUCCAAGUGCCGGAUAAGAACCAGUUAGUGAGUGACGCUGGAAAGCUAACAGUAUUAGAUUCAUUGUUGAAAAGGCUGAAAGAAAGGGGGCACAGAGUUCUCAUAUACAGUCAGAUGACCAAGAUGAUUGACUUAUUAGAGGAAUACAUGUGGCAUCGUAAACACAAAUACAUGAGAUUAGAUGGCUCUAGCAAAAUUUCUGCACGUCGCGACAUGGUAGCAGAUUUCCAAGCCCGUGCUGAUAUCUUCGUAUUUUUACUGUCGACACGCGCUGGAGGACUUGGCAUCAAUUUGACUGCUGCAGACACUGUGAUAUUUUACGAUUCGGACUGGAACCCAACGGUAGACCAACAGGCAAUGGACCGGGCUCAUAGACUGGGCCAAACUAAGCAGGUCACUGUAUACAGACUUAUCUGUAAGGGUACUAUUGAAGAACGUAUUAUGCAGCGAGCACGAGAGAAGAGCGAGAUCCAAAGAAUGGUGAUAAGUGGUGGAAAUUUCAAACCAGAUACUUUGAAGCCGAAAGAAGUAGUUUCGUUACUGUUGGACGACGAAGAAAUUGAACUCAAGUAUCGCCAUAAAUCAGAAGAGAAAAAGUUGUUCGAAGACAGGGAACGCAAGAGGAAAUUGGGUCUUUUGCCGCAACAACCACCUCCGGUUGAAACGAAACGUCCGCGUGACUCAGUCUCGGAGCCGGGCAGUCCGCUUCAAGUGGACGACGACAACGAUAACCUGGUGGUGGAUGCACCGCCAUUACCCGUCGUUCCCGUGUCAUACUCACCCCCGAUGCGUUCGAGUCCGUGGGGCGUGAGUCGUUCAUCGCGCGGCGCCAGACGCGGCAGACCGCGCGGUUCCCGACACGCUCUCACCCGCCGACCCGCGCCUCCUACCGCAACCGCUACCGCCACCGCCUCCUCGCCCGCCGACAAUGCCGUCGCACUCGCCGCCGGUUAGUCUCCGUCAUAGAACAAAUCCCACUAACCAUCCAUGCCGGCCUGGCGAACCUUCUUGGUUAUGCAGGCCGAAGCAGCGGGAGAUACACGCGGAAUGGCCUUCACCGCGCGUACUUUCCUGUCUUCCUACAAAUUAUUCUUUAUCUAUCUCCUUUGUCCCUAUGGUCCCUCUCCCUAUCGGGUAGUGUGGAAGGCGGCAACGAAGGUCCCUCUCCCCAUUCUGGGGCGGACAUACACGAAACGCCUUCGUCGCCAUCCCAGCCGUCCCGUGCCCACUCUGAAGUGGUACGUUGGCUCCAAAUUAUACGGUCCUCUUCUUUCUUCGCCUCGGGUCUUCAUUCUUCACCUCUCCUCUGUCAUAGAACAGUAGCCAUAUUCGCUAAUUGCUUUUGACAAAUGGAAGUGAUAAUCACCGACUUAUUUAGUAAUCCACUACUGCUUCUUUAUAACGCCACUAAGAUACUUGUACUGAAAAGCAUCGAUGGAUAUGCAACUUUAUCUUUAGUUACACACUAUAAACGUCAAAAAAGUUAGCGAAUAGGCCGGCAGAUUUCCGCCACCGCUUCUACGUCCGUUGACAACGCUGUCGCACUCGUCGCGGUGAGUUUCCGUCAUUGUACAGACUCCCGGCACGGCCUGAUUGAGGAGGAUGGUAGGAGUGAGGAAAGAGCGACAGUCACGCUUGCACUGCGCUCUUUAAUGUCUGCACGAAAUUGCUUAUUUGAGUAUCUUUGGGCAGUUUUGUUAUUAAUAAUGCCACGUCAAUACAUAGUGAAUGUGCCAAGUUUUGACAAAUAGUUAUUUUUUUGUAUUGGAUUUAACUAUAGUCAAAUUUAGCUUUCGAUGAAACCACGUAGCCUAAAUGUUUUAAAAUCUUUAAUGUCAUUGCUAAAUGCUGCGUGAUUAAGC